AUGGUUCCUCACAGUACCAUUCCCGGUGAUAUUGAUGAGCUAAUCUUAUCCGGUGUUGGUAACAUAACUCAUUUCACAGAUUUAUCAAGAAAGUUUCUAUUAGCAUCCUCUCACUUAUUCCAACCAUCAGCCUCUGUAUGCUCAAGAGAAGCACAGCUAACACAACUCUAUAGUGCAAUUGAGUUGAAGGAAGCAGGAGUGAAGUUUGAGGUAAACAAAAAUAGUCAAUGCUUACAGGACUUGGAAAUUUCAGAUUUGCUGAUUAAGAAAGGAAUAAUUGAGAAUUGGUUAGGUGAUAGCAAUGCAGUGGCUACAAUGUUCAAUGGUCUUGCAGUGAAUCUUGUGAAUGUAGGUUUUAAUGUGAAAUAUUCCUGUAUUUUUAAAGGCUUGAAUGCUUUCUGUAAGAAACCUUGGAACAGAAGAGUAGCAACUUUGAAGCGCUACUACUGCAACACUCCGUGGAAGACGGUAGCUUCCAUUGCUGGAAUUUUUCUACUCAAGCAUGUUCAAUGA